AGGCGAAACCUUUGGCUGCCUAGACUGCAGCCAAUCUGUGUGGCUGCAGCCACCUCAACAUUACAUAUGCAUGACUGGCCUCCUGGUUUCUUCCCUGCUCAGAGCACCAGCUGCAAGCACACAGUCUUGUUCCUGAGAACUGGCGGGCAGAGCAAACUCCACUGCUUCCGUUCAGAAACCUUGGAGCAGACCCUUGCCUGCCAAUUCCCAGCUCUGUGGCCACUUCUGAUCGUUAGCAGUGGGUCAGCUCCCAUGAAAUCCUCAAAGGCAUCCCAGCGCUAUAGAGGCAUCCGGAGAAAUGCCAGCCACUGCUACCUCUACCAGGACUCUCUGCUGCUCAGCAACUUGGAUGACAGCUUUAGUGCUGAUGAAACAGGGGACAGCAAUGAUCCGGAACAAAUCUUCCAGAAUAUACAGUUCCAGAAAGAUCUCAUGGCAAACAUUCGCUGCAGACCCUGGACUAUGGGACAGAAGCUGCGGGCAUUGAGACGAGCGAAGGAGAUUGUGCUGAAGUUCGAAGGGAGGCUGACCAGGACCCGAGGCUACCAAGCAGCAGGUGCAGAGCUCUGGCGGAAAUUUGCUCGUCUCGCCUGCAACUUUGUGGUCACCUUCAUUCCCUGGGAAAUGAGGAUAAAGAAAAUCGAGAGUCAUUUUGGAUCUGGUGUUGCCUCCUAUUUCAUAUUCUUGAGAUGGUUAUUUGGAAUUAAUAUUGUGCUCACCAUUAUGACAGGUGCUUUUAUUGUCAUUCCAGAGCUGAUUGCAGGCCAGCCCUUUGGAAGCACAGCCAGGAAGACCAUCCCCAAGGAGCAGGUUUCGUCUGCCCAAGACCUGGACACCGUCUGGUCUCUGGGGGGCUACCUCCAGUAUUCAGUCCUCUUCUACGGGUAUUACGGCAGGGAGAGAAAGAUCGGGAGAGCUGGCUACCGGCUGCCCUUGGCAUAUUUCCUAGUGGGGAUGGCAGUGUUUGCUUACAGCUUCAUCAUUCUUUUAAAAAAGAUGGCUAAGAACUCCCGCACAAGCCUUGCCAGUGCUUCCAAUGAAAACUACACCUUCUGCUGGCGGGUGUUCUGUGCCUGGGAUUACCUCAUUGGAAACCCAGAGGCUGCAGAAAGCAAAACAGCUGCCAUUGUGAACAGCAUCAGGGAGGCAAUACUGGAAGAACAGGAGAAAAAGAAAAGCAAAAACCUGGCAGUGACGAUCUGCCUGAGGAUCGUUGCCAAUAUCCUGGUGCUUCUCUCACUGGCCGGGAGCAUUUAUCUCAUCUACUUUGUGGUGGACCGGUCCCAGAAGCUGGAGCAGUCCAACAAGGAGCUGACGCUUUGGGAAAAGAAUGAGGUACCCACUGCCAUUACCAGCAGCACCCUUGAAAAGAGACACAGAUGGGCACGGUGGCUCACCCCUGAAUCCCUGCUCAAUUCAGAGGGAGAGCCUACGUGUGUUACAGUGCUGUCCCCUGGAGAUGUCGCUUUCCUGUUCUCUGCCCACUGCCUGCAGGCUAUAUCUGAAGACAUGCAGGAGGCCCGGGAGGAUGAACCAUGUGGGGGCUCUAGAACCAAUGGACUUGUGUGUGAUGGUCUUGUCUCUCAAGGUGGGCUUAUGGCUUUCAGGGUCCUUGUGCUGUAUCUGGGAAAUCUCUACAGCCUGAUCAUUGCUCUCCUGGACAAAGUUAAUAGCAUGAGCAUUGAGGAAAUGGCUCCCAAAAAUAACACAAGUCAUUGGAUAGAUUCCACCACCUUCUUUGCAACCAGGACAGCCCCUGAAGAAGGGAAAUGGUCCACACCUCAGCCUGGAAUGGAGCUCAGGAGAAACAGCACAUGGGCCUUGGAAGAGACCAGCAUUUCUGCCUAUACCACGCCUCUUGCAAAGGCCAACAGGACCACUCUCUACACUCAGAACCCACAAGACCAGUGCUGGGAGACCUACGUCGGUCAGGAGAUGCUGAAGCUCUCCAUCAUUGACAUGCUCUUCACCGUGGCAAGCAUUCUGCUCAUAGACUUCUUCCGAGGACUUUUCGUCCGGUAUUUAAGUGACUGCUGGUGUUGGGAUCUGGAAAGCAAGUUUCCUGAAUAUGGAGAAUUCAAAAUAGCUGAGAAUGUGUUACAUUUAGUCUACAACCAAGGAAUGAUUUGGAUGGGGGCCUUCUUCUCCCCAUGUCUCCCAGCAUUCAACGUUCUCAAACUCAUUGGGCUCAUGUACCUGAGGAGCUGGGCUGUGCUGACCUGCAAUGUGCCCCACCAGCAAGUAUUUCGAGCCUCCAGAUCCAACAAUUUCUACUUGGCAAUGCUCCUGUUUAUGCUGUUUCUGUGCAUGCUGCCAACCAUUUUUGCUAUUGUCCGAUACAAGCCAUCUCUAAACUGUGGUCCAUUCAGUGGACAAGAGAAAAUUUAUGACAUUGUGUCAGAAACGAUUGAGAAAGACUUUCCAGCAUGGUUUGGCUCCGUGAUGGGGCACAUCAGUAGCCCCGUGGUCAUCCUGCCCGCGGUACUCCUGCUUUUCAUGCUCAUCUAUUAUCUCCAGAGCAUCGCACGUUCUCUAAAGCUCAGCAACCACCAGCUCAAAAUGCAGAUCCAAAACGCAAGAUCAGAGGAUAAGAAAAAGGUUGCCCAGAUGGUAGAAGCCCGGAUCCAGACUCAGGAAGAAAGCACCAAGAAGCUUCCAAACGACAGUGAUCUUACCAGCCAACUGUCCUCAGCGCACUCGGGCACACCCCAAAAUAAUGGCAACAUGGUCCAUUUCGACUCAGAAAGCAGCAAGAGUGGCAGGAUAGAGACAGUUGCGCAGUCCAUGCCCCAGAGCCCCAGGUCAGGGAACAGGGCUUCCAGCUCACCUCUCCCUGGGUUCUCCAAACCCAGGCUAGAGCAUGAAACUAACAGGUAUCCGCAUGGUCUCUGUUCGAGCACCAGCGAUCUUCACAAGAACAGAUCGCGCAUACCCACGACGUUUACAAAGCACAUCGAAGAUGUGCACUCAGAACCUCUCUUCCGAAAAGACUUUCAGCAAAUCAAACCUCCUCACCGUGGACCAGGGGCCUCAACUUUGGUGGCACAGGGUCCCAGGCCCCACGCCCUCAGAUACUAUGUCAUUAACGAACGUGACUCUUACAAAAGAAAACAUCCACAUGUCUGGCCAGAAAGACAUUUCAAGAUAGAUGCUUCAGGUGACAUUGUGGAGCUGUAUCCCAGGAAUGUGCGACAAUAUGCAUCCCGGGUUCCCCGCCAGCCUCGCUCCCCACAGCUGAGUGAAGAGGAGGAGGAGACGCCGAGGAGGGAGUGGAUCAAACGGUCUCUUCCCCCAUGCUCCCUGACGGACCUCCGUGGGGCUCCUCAUUUUUAUAUUGGGGAGAGGUCCGAAAGUCAGACCCUGGCUCCCGAGCACCAGGGGAGGGUGCACUACAAGCCGUGGAAAGACGAUUUUGAGGGUCACCUUGACAGGCCGACCUAUGUGCCCAAAAAGCCACGCUGGCGGAAUUUCCAAUACCCACACCCCCCUCUGAAGCCCAGAGGGAAGCUCAGGUUCGAGCCAUCCCUCACGGAAUCUGACUCCGUGUCGGCGGCAUCCAGCAGUGACCAGCAGAACAGCGGCGCUGACCAGUACCUGCAGGUCACCCACAGCCAGCGCAGGUUCCCGAGGUCGGGGGGCCAGCCCGGCAGGAGGAAGGCCACGUCGAGGCAGGAGCUGACCAUGGAUCUGGACGACUUGAUUUGUUCAAACGUCUAAGCUGCCUCCAGGGUCCGCUUCGCAGAGGUCAGGCCCCUGUGGGAGUGCUGGGCCAGCACAUGGCAUCUCCCUUGCUGGAAAAAGAGGUGAACACGUGUUAGAGACCCGAGGGGCACGGCCGCAGCUGCUGGCUGAGGUCCUGAGGCUGACGGCUGCAGCCACCUAGUCCGCGGCUACCAUUAGCUCAAUCUAUCCAAGUUAGGCGGCACCAAAGUGUGUUACCAGCAGCGAAUCAUCAGGGUCUGCAGCUACCUCAGUCCUCGCCUCCUCAGAAGAAAGAAGUUGGCAGAGGAGCACAAGACAGAGGACAAAACAGGAGAGACUCAGGCACGUUUUGGGGCAGGCAUGCAAGUUUACUGAAAAGCUUCAGAGCAGGAAUGAAAGAACGUACACUUGGGAGAGGGCCAAGCGGGCGACUUGAAAGAUGGAGUGCACUGUUUGACCUUUGACUUGGGGUAUUACACGCUGGCUUUGCUUCCGGGGUCUUGUGUUACGUCUUCCCUGAUUCUUCCCUUGGGGUGGGCUGUCCGCAUGCGCAGUAGUGGCCUGCUAGCUCUUGGGAGGGGAGCAUGCGCAGUGUGCUUAGUGGAGUUGUGCACAUGCUCACUCGAGGUUCUUCCCUUACCAGUGGAAGGCGCCAUAUUGUCUUUUAGUGCGCGUGCUUGAACCCACUCGCUCAACUCCUGAGAUCUUACCAGGAAGCUGCUGAUUACCAGUUUCAGGUUUUUUCUAUCUAUUGGGAGACGGUCGUUCUCUGGUGCCAGCUGUGACCAAUUAUUAUUUUAGAGAGACAAUUAACAGCCACCUGACCGUCACCUGAUGGUCGCCUGACAUUCCUGGGGGUUGUCUGCUCACGUCUAACUGGCUACCCAUAGUAACAUCUCCACACAUGAGCAGAUUGUUUCCGUGGGGCUCUUUGCAUCCAGAAGCACAUCAGGCCAUCAUUUCAAUGAAACUCAGUGCUUUGCCUUCUUUUGGGUUGACCACAAAUCAUAGGCAAGCCAGAGAUCUCAUUCUGCCUCCUGAAGCCUCACCUGAGCUAUCUGAAUGAGAUGCUUGAACUGUUCUCCUUCAACAGACAAAAGUCAUCUUCUCUAAUAAGCACCCCAAAUUAGAUGCCACCCUUAACGAUAUUACAAUGCUUAGUUUGUAGGAAUAAUCAGUUUAGUAAAGACAAGAGUAACUACAUUUAUGGAGAACUUAUUUUACUCUACUUACUGGGCAGUAUGUCUGUAUUAAUGAGUCAGGACACUGAGAUUGGAAGUAAUGCAUGAUUUAUCCGUAAGGUUUACUGGUUUGCUUAACUGGGAAAAAUGAGAAUCAAGCCAGCCUUAGGCCCAGCUGGAGCCAGGGCAUUAGAGCACCCUCAGGAAUCUGUUUUCACCUCUCUGCUCUAUUUCUAUGUUUGUUGACCUCAUUUUCUCCUACUGCCAACAGACUUCCUCCUUGUAGUCAGUGGAGAAGGAAUUCAGUCACAGAAAAUGCCAGAUUUACACCAUCCAGCCAAUAAGCCCAGAGGGAAGAACAGUGCUGUCUCUCCCGUGCCCCCUGCCACCUUCACAGUAUCUUCACCUUU